AUGUCGUCGCACAAGUCUGAUGGCGGUCGAAUACCCCGGUUGAAGGAUGUUGCCAGUCAGUCCCGGAUCGUAUCCUCGCCCGCGAUGAAUUCAGCUCGGCCCAGCGACUCCUCUGCAGAGAUGCUGUCCAGGCCGCAGAUACCACGGUCGACAAAUUUCUUCGCGAAAAGCACCAGAGCGUCGUCGAUGUCCAAUGCGGAGGAGAGUCGCCACAAUGUCGCACGAUCCAUCCCGUCGAGAAUCCCGGCUGGUCAGCAUGUUCGUCCAUCCAUACCCCCGCGAGCCACUACCCAUCCGUUGCCUCCGAAAUCCCUGCAUCUGACACCGGAUCAAAGCGCUCACCAAACUUUCCACAUGGCCGUCGAACCCCUGAGUGCCCCUGAGAUUGCGACCCAGAACCCUGCCCCCAGUCGUCCCCGGAAUGUCUUGCGAAGAAAGGCGCCAACAAUCGGUCAAUACACCGCGAAAAACAAACCAUCGCCGGACAGAAUACGACCUGAGAAAUUAAACGUGGUUAUUCCCGAUAACCCUCCCAUUGGCCACUCGGGCAGUGGCUUUUUCAAAUCUCAUGCGAGUGAGACAGAUCUCGCGAAGAGAUUGGCGUCGCCAAUGGCGUCGCAGGAUAAUAUAUCGAGCAUUGUACAGGAUCAUCAAGGCCACACCGGUCCGAAGGAGCUGGCAAGCCUCAGGACUACUACUAUCAAUACGCAGAACCUGCCACCUCCUACUCCGCUCAUCCCAUCCGCCAGUAGCCCUUCCACAAGGUAUUCCGAUUCUCCGGGGGUAUGGAGUAGGACUUCUACCCCGACGACGUUAUCCUCCUACUCACCGGGUAUUGUUCAUCCCGUGAAAGUCCCUCGCUUGAGACAGGCUAGCCCUUCCCAAAGUCGGCUUCCGGUGUUUUCGCAUCAAGCGCAACAGAUGAGCGCGUCAAGUGGUCGGGAGGUGCCAGUCCCUACCAAGUCUCCUCUCUUGGCUUCAAGCACAAGUUCAAGGACUUCAAUCGUUGAGAACGAGGCAAUGCAGCCUGUUUCAAAAUCCAGCAUGUCCAGCUUAAUCAACACAUCCAACAGUCAUUUGCCGCGCAAGGCAUCUACAAGCAGUGUGGCAAAUUCUUCCAGGAAGGAGAAUGCGAAGCAUGAUGCCAAUGUGAAGGCCGAAAACCGAGUGUCGGGGUUUGUUUCCCACAGACCCAGAGACGUGAGCAUGACGAGAAGCGUCGUUCAAGCCCCCCCAAGGCCGACCAGGGAGGGGACUCAUCAGUUGGUCUUGGAGCCGUCGCCUGUGGUUCAGAGCAAUAUAUCGCCCAAAGCGGUAACCGGCCAUAAGCGUCGAGGGUCGGCCGACAAGUCCCCAAUUGCCGAAAGAAUUUCAAACUGGAAUAGGUCUGCUGCCACAUCCGUCGACUCGCUACAUUCACGGGCCUCCUCCAAUAUAACCCCCCGUAUACCGACAUCACCAGACCUGUCGCGCAAGCUGCCUCGGAUAUCAACCACAGAAGUUAAGCCACAGCAGGAUAUUGCGAGUCCGGGAAAGUCACGGGCCUUUGGUCUCUUCACCAAAAGGUCUAAGCCUGAGAUGGAUGACCGGAGUGAAGGUCGUUUGGCUCGCAAGGGUCCAGUUGCUGGGACAGGGCAUGAAGGUUAUGGACGAUACGCGCAGCGCGGCCGCAAGUCGAGCGUUAGUAGCAAUACCAGUCGAGGAAGAUCAACCAGCACGACUCGAAGCGGUCCCAAGUCGGUUGGGAGCAGCAAGAGCAGCAAAAGCAGCCGACCGGAGUUGGACCUGGACGAUUUCUUACUCGAUCGUCUCGAGCCUGUGAUCAUCAGAGGUGGGGAUAUGGACGGAAGACCUUUCGCACGGAGACCGAGUGAGCAGAGCACGAGUGGGAUUAGCACGGCAUCCACUUCGAACUUGACGGUGCAGUCUAAGAUUUCCGAGUCACCUGGCUGUUCCACCGAGACCCUUGCGAGCUCGAGGGCAUCGGCGGAUCCGGGGGAGUCCAUAGUCAAGAAUCUGGGACGACAGGAAACAUUGGAGAAGCCAGCAAUAGCAAACACUCGCCCCGAGAAUGAUCCCAAAAGAGUGCAAGCGACUGCCUCUCGUUCGAUUCAAGGGUUGCAUCAGGCAAACCUUGACAUCCGGAGUACUCGUCCCAUACCCUCGAGCGAUGUGCAAAGCUCCCAAAAGCAAGCCAAAAGAGGGCUGGGGAUCAAGUGGAAUAUCUUCCAAAGAAAGCAGCCUACUGAUAAGUCAAACGCCCAAGUCUCGACUCCGCCUGCCCCCAAGCUUCAUGCCACGGUGUCUCGCACGGUCGCGCACCGGUCUGUUGCGCAUUACGCUAUGAUCGAUAUCGACUCUGAUCCUCUGGAGGAAAUCGUGCAUACCGUCGAGAAAUCACCGCCAACGGAAGAUGAAGAUCCCAGCUCGCCGGUGCAGGUACCACCUGCAUUGAAUAUAAAGAAGGCUACGGAGUCUAUUCUCUUGCCUUCGCCACCAAUGCUACACGAUGCUUUGUUCAAGGACCAGCCCCAGUCGCCUAAGGUCUACUUUGACAAGAAGUUGGUGCCCCAGAGCCCCGAGACGAAGGUGGAGGAAGAGCGUCCGAGCCGUCUGGCGUCCGUUGGUCGCAUCCCACGAGUGGUUUCGAGGCGCGAGAGGCCGCAUAAGCCAGCUCUACAGUCGUUCUCGCGGCCAUUCAGUGUGGCACAAUCGCCUUCAAUGCCAGCUCCGGUCGUUGACAAGCCCGGUGACUUGUCGUUCUCGCCUAUAUUUACCCCCGACUCUCGAUAUGAUUCACCCAGCAAACCGCGCGAUUACAAGUUUGAUCUCACGAACCCGUUCAAAGACCCCUUGAAGGGCAGCGUCCUUGACUUUAUCGCGGGUCCUUAUUCUAAGGAAGAGUUCAUGUCGUUCUUCCCUCGAAAGGACUCUAUUAUGUCAACUUCGAGUGGAUCUGACAGCCUCGCUGCGGUCACGGCUGUCAUCCCGGAGCCUUUAUCGCAGUUAACGGAAGAUGAGAUAUGGGGUGAAUAUGACGAUCUGAUCGACCAUGUUCUUUCCCCUCAGACGACAAGCACCGUGUUUGAAAGUGAAUCUGAUGGGGAUCAUAAACUGGAACUAGCGACCAUGGCCAGCAGGACGCUCCAAGCCGAGCUGAAUGGGCAACAGGCCCAGUCUACGCUUGAAAAGCCUGCGGUAGAGUUUACGCCAUCCUCUCCUCACUCGAGUACUGGUUCUGUCCGGCUUCGAAGGUCCAAGAUUGCGCCGGAGCUGCAUACCUCACUCACUCUUUCGUCUCAGCCGUCCUAUAGUGAGAUCAUUGCCAGUUACUGUGACGAUCGGAGUGAGACGGGCACGGUGGAAAAGGAGGCCGAAAACAAAUCAUUGGCGCCAAAUCCAGUAGUUGAGCAGCCAUCAGGCCUACUGAGUUCAACGGCUCUGGUUUCGUCCCCGAGCUUCGAGAUCUGUCGACAGCGCAACACGGUCCUCUUCGACAUUGCUGAGCGUGACCGUGAAGGGCCCACCGCGCACACGAACAUUCGGUCCGGAUCUCUCAUGACCAGUCGGUGGCUGUCUUUCGGGAGAGUCCUCUUCAGCCCUGCCCAUAACCACGCCAAGGGCGCAGAUCAAGAGCGUAUCCUGGUUGUCGACGGGCUAGGAAAUGACGACUGGUCCUUCUACUGCUCAUUGACAUAUCCGAACGCCCAGGUGUACAGUCUCAGCGACGGACCCAAGCCCACAGCAUCCAAGCAUCCAGAGGCAUGGCAACCACCCUCAAACCAUCAUACCAUCCACCACGCAAGCCUCAAUGACCCAUUACCCUUCCCAAGAGCAUUCUUCGCCGCGACGGUCCUGCGAUUCCCCGCCGCCUGUUCCGAUCGCGCCCAGGACAACAUCAUAUCCGAAUGCAAACGGGUUCUCCGCUCCGGCGGAUACCUCGAGAUGAGCAUCCUGGAUCUAGACAUGGUGAACAUGGGCAUCCGCACCCGUAAAGCUGUGCGCAAAUUGAAAGAGCGAACCUACAUCUCUGAUCCGCACAUCAGCCUCAAGCCCACCAGCGACAGCAUCCAGCGACUCCUCGGACGACAUGGCUUCGACAACCUCCGCCGCUGCAUGGUCCGAAUUCCCGUAGCCGGGAUGAUCGUGCGCACAUCCGCAUCAUCCACCUCCACAACCUCCUCCUCCUCAAAUCCCUCCGCAACCGUACUCUCCCCUCCAUCCUCAACCCCAUUCUCCCCUCUCACCGGCCUCGCCGCCGCCGCCAAAGCCAAGGCAAAAGCCCACGGCAAAUCCUCCUCCAGCGACACCGACCUCUCCCUGGGUGACCUCCUCUCCGACCCCUCCUCCAACGACGAAUCCAUUCGCAAGAUCGUCGCCAAAGUCGGCCGCUGGUGGUACACCCGAUGCUACGAGCUGCCCGUCCUGCCAAACGGCGACGUCGCGCUCAGCAUCUGGUCCGAACGGAGGAUCCUCCGGGAGUGCCAGCACCGCGGCACGGGAUUCCGGCUGUGGAUCGCGUACGCGCAGAAACCGAGCGAGAAGCGGCGCACGGCGAGUGUUUAG